UUUCUUUUAUUAAAGUGGGAAAUGAAGUGGAUGAAAAUGGUGAUCAGAGUGAAACAGAAGAGGAAGAAUGGCAAGUCAUUGGAUCAAAACAUAAAGGAAUGGUGACUAGAAAGGUUGCAGAACACAAGACUCCGAUAUCUGAUCUUCUAGGAGGACAAAUAAAAUCAUUCCUCACCACAAGUGGAAAUAAAACUUCCGCGUCUAUUCAGCCUUUUUUUACAUUACAACUUGAUGUUCAGGUAUUCUAUAUUUUCUUUGAAUCAUGUUCGUUCAAGCUCCACUGGGAAAUCCUGGAAAAUACAGAUAAUGUAAAAACCGCCUAAAAUAACAGGAAAUUU